AUGAAGGAUGAUAAACUGGGACAACCAUCAAGGCAGUCAAUCACCUCGAACCUUUGGAAGAAGAUUUGGGGUAUCAAGGCACCCCAAGCCACGAAAUCUUUUCUAUGGAGAGCAGCUAGUGAGUCUCUUGCCACUAAUCUCAACUUGCACAAGAGAAAGGUGGUGGAGUCUCCACUUUGUCCUAUCUGCUCUAUGCAUCCUGAAUCAGUUGCACAUGCUCUCUGGACUUGUUCAGUAGCCCAAGAUGUGUGGUCUAUGGGCUCUAGAAGGAUGCAAAAACUAUGCAUGCAGGAUGGUUCCUUCAAAGAAAUUUUCAUGCCAGUGUUGAUUCAACUAUACCCAUUGGAACUUAUAGAGAUAGCUGUUACUGCUAAAGCUGUUUGGCACAGAAGGAAUUCUUGGCUGUUUGAGCAUGAUUUUCACCCUGCUAUCCAAGUGUCUAAACAGGUCCUUGCUGAGUUGAAUUCCAUUGGCACUUGGCUAGAGAACUCGGAAAAAAGGAUUAAGGUCCAGGUGCCUCAUAUCACACAAUGGUCUGCCCCUCCACCAGAAUUCUUCAAGGCUAAUUGGGAUGCAGAUAGAUAA